AUAGAAAUAUAUAAUUAUUACUAAGUGAUUGAGUAAAUUUGUGAUAGCACUUAAACUCAAGCACCCAACAAGAUAAUACAUUUAUUGUAUGAUUCAAAGACGAAGUAGACUUGGACGAAGUUUUGCCGGUCAUUGGAGAGUUCGGUCGUUAUCAAAAGUUAUUGUUGUGGCUUGUUUGUUUGCCCGCAUGCAUACCAUGUGGUUUCGGAGCAUUCAACCAACUGUUCAUGUCCGAUACUCCGCCAUACUGGUGCGCUGAGCCACAGCUGUCUAAUUUCACCGUAGCACAGAGAAGACAAAUUUACGAACAAAGUAACGUCACUCAAGUGAAAAAAGGAUGUAUGCGGUAUGCAGUGAACUGGACAGAAGUUUUGAUGUUUUCUGAAAUCCCCAGAAACUUUGAACAGUUAGUAAACGAAAGUUGGUCGUUGGAGAAAUGUAACAGUUGGGAAUAUGAUACUAGUCUUGUUAAGUCUUCAAUUGUAAUCGAUUUCGAUUUGGUCUGUGAAAACGACAUAUACCCGACGGUCGGACUAGCAGCUCUAAACUUAGGAGGACCUAUUGGCGUGUAUUUUUUCGGCGUUUUGAAUGACAGAAUCGGAAGACGGAAAUCAUAUUUUCUAUGUUUGGCUACAUUAAUUACCGGUAGCCUACUGACUGCGAGUGCAAUGAACUUUUGGUGGUGGGCCACAUCUAGAGUGAUCGUAGGUUUGACUAUACCCGCUGUCUAUCAAAUUCCAUUCAUCAUAUCUCUUGAACUCGUCGGGCCCAACUACAGGUCAUUCAUUACUGUGAUGACUUGCAUGUUCUAUACACUGGGCCUAGUACUUUUGUCGGGCAUUACUUACUUUGUACGCGAUUGGGUGUACUUGACAUUGGCGACGUCUACUCCGUUUAUUUUGUAUUUUAUAUACUGGUGGUUUCUACCGGAAUCGCCGAGAUGGUUGCUGGCCAAAGGUCGAAUAGAAGAAGCAUUAAAAAUACUUGAAACUUUAGCCAUGGUCAAUGGAACCAUACUGCCGGAAUCGUUUAAACAAAAACUGAAGCAAAAAAUGAUGAUGCAAAGAACCCUGAGCGAAGAAAAACGUUUAAAAGAAGGACCAGGAGUGCUAGCGCUUUGCCGUACACCGAACAUGCGUUUGAAAACAAUUUUGAUUACAUUCAAUUGGUUCGCCAACGAUAUGGUGUAUAUCGGGCUUAGCUACUACGGUCCAGCGCUGGGAGAAAAUCCUUAUUUGAGCUUUUUACUAUCGUCCGUUGUGGAAGUACCAAGCUCGUUGGUGUGUUGGCUGCUCAUGGACCGAUGGGGCCGCCGAUGGCCUUUGUGCCUGGCAAUGACUUUGAGUGGUAUUAGUUGCAUUAUCACUGUUACAUUACCACCAGAUGCUGUUAUUACAACGUUGGUACUGUUCCUAUUUUCGAAGUUCACAAUAUCAGCUUCAUUUCUAAUAAUCUAUCCGUUUGCUGGCGAACUUUAUCCAACCCCGUUACGUGGUGUUGGUAUUGGAACUUCUGCAUACAUCGCUGGCCUUGGACUUGUUUUAAUACCAUUCAUUAACUAUUUGGGCCGUGAAAACUUAGUAUUGCCGUUGUUGAUCAUGGGCAUAUUGUCGGUCAUUGGCGGAAUAACAGGUCUUCGACUUCCCGAGACACUACAUUAUAAGUUGCCGCAAACUGUCGAAGAGGGUGAAGAAUUCGGAAAAAAUUGGUCCGUGACAGAUUGUAUAAACUGCGUUCCUAAAAGGCCACCAGAGCACUCAAACUCGUAUGAAGAUCUUACCGAAAGACUAGAAAUGUCUCCAACAACAGAAACAACAGCACUUGCAUCGGGAAGCGCUAGACCUAAAUUUACUAGACAGCAAAGCACUAUGGAGACACCACUAGAUUCUUCGGGUGUAGUCAAAAUGACUUGUUGGUUUUAAUAAAUGUGUUUAUUUUAUUUAUAAAAAUCAUAUUGUUAUACUAUUAUUUAUUUUGACAAUUUUUAAAAACGUUUAUUUUCCAUUCUAUCUGAUGUAAUUAGAUUUGACCGAUAAUAUCUCAAUGUAAUCGUUGCUUUAAAAUAUUUAGAAAACCCCACAAGUUGUAAGAUCAGAGAUAUAAACAUGAAAUUAAUUUUAAAAUUAGACCGGAUACGUGUAAUAUGUCAAUUGAUCGCAAGUUUAUCGAAAGACAAUUCGUUGGGAAUGUAAAUUUAACGCGAAAUCAAAAAAAUAAAAAUAAAUAUUUGUCACUGUUCCAACAAUUACACAUAAUAUAAGUAUUUAAUAGAUAAGUAUUAGAUUUUUAAAUGAAUACAGAUAUUAUAUUUUUUUUUUAAUUUGUAGUCCAUUCUAUUUGGAAGGAAU